AGUUCAUUUGCCAGCGUUUCGCGGUAACUCGCUUUUCGAAUCGCAAUCGCUGCUCAGUAAAAAGCGGGGCAAAAAGCGCGAAAAGUUCAGCAGUUGACGAAAAAGUUUAAGGCAAUAAUCUCGGUUUGUCUGCCUAAAGUUUUCGUUUUUAACAAAUUAGUUUCGCGUUUAAGGAUAUCACAAAAAAAAAAAAAACAAACAUGAUGAAAUUUAUAUUGCCCUUAUUUGUGCUGAUUGCUUCAUGUCUUGGCAGUCCGGUGAGCGAAACUCGUCGCUUUCCCAGCGACUUUCUCUGGGGCGUGGCAUCUUCAUCCUACCAGAUCGAGGGAGGCUGGAACGCGGAUGACAAGGGGGAGUCGAUCUGGGACUUUCUCACCCACACACGUGCCGAUAAAAUAGUCGAUCAAUCAAACGGUGAUAUCUCAUCGGAUAGCUAUCAUCAGUGGAAACGCGAUGUGCAAAUGGUAAAAGAACUGCAUGCUGGCACGUACCGCUUCUCCUUGUCUUGGCCCCGGAUAAUGCCAGGUGGCUAUAUGAAUCAUGUCAGCACGGCGGGCAUUAAGUACUACUCAAACCUGAUCGACGAGCUGCUCCGGUACAACAUCACUCCGAUGGUGACCAUCUAUCACUGGGAUCUGCCGCAAAGGCUUCAAGAGCUUGGCGGCUGGACCAACCCGGAAAUUAUACCGCUGUUCAAGGACUACGCCCGUUUGGUGCUGGAAAUGUACGGCGAUCGGGUGAAGAUCUGGACCACCGUCAACGAGCCGUGGCAUGUGUGUGAGCACGGUUACGGAGUGGACUAUAUGGCACCGUCGUACAACUACCCCGGCAUUCCGGCCUAUCUGUGUGGCCACAAUUUGCUGAAGGCCCACGCCGAGGUGGUGCACAUGUACCGGGAACUCUUCCAGUCGCGACAAGGGGGACGCAUUGGCAUCACUCUGGACACAUCCUGGCCGGAGCCCAAGGAUCCCAAUUCUGCCGAGGAUCGCGAGGCCUCCGAGCGAGCCAUGCAGUUCUAUGUGGGUUGGUUCGGUCAUCCCAUCUUCUCCAAGCACGGCAACUAUCCCAAGGUGAUGAUCGAGCGGAUUAGGAAUCUGAGCAAGGAGCAGGGCUUCGGUGCUCGCUCCAGAUUGCCCGAGUUCACCACGGAGGAGAUCCAUCGUAUCCGCGGUACCUCUGAUUUCUUCGGCAUUAAUUCAUACACCAGCAACCUGGUCACCCCGAAUGGACACAAUAAUACGGGCAAGUUCCCGGUGCCGUCUUUCAAUCACGACAUGGGCGUGGUCGAGAGCCAGGCUGGCGUCGACUGGCCCGGUUCCGGAUCCGUUUGGCUUAAGGUCUAUCCCAAGGGAAUGUACAAUCUGUUGAUGUGGAUACACCGCGAGUACAAUGCACCCGAGAUAAUUGUCACGGAGAAUGGCGUUAGUGAUCGCGGCGGUCUGGAGGACUACGCCCGUGUGGACUACUACAAUCUGUACCUCUCAGCGGUGCUGGAUGCCAUGGAGGAUGGUGUCAAUAUCAGUGGCUACAUUGCCUGGAGUCUGAUGGACAGUUAUGAGUGGAAGGCCGGCUACACGGAGAAGUUUGGACUGUAUCACGUGGACUUCAGUUCGCCGGAGCGCACAAGAACUCCCAAGAUUUCUGCGCGAGUCUUUGCCAAAAUCUGCAAGACCAACACCAUCGAUUGGAGCUACAGACCCAAGCUCGAUGACGAACAGCAGCUGGUGGCCAUGGCUCAGUUGCCGGCAGAGGAGCAAAUGGCCAGGACAAGUGGUGCCAGCGGAGCCAUCAGUUGGAGUCUGACAACCCUUCUGCUCCUGGCUCUUCUUCGAUAGGCGAAGAGAUGAGGGGAUGAGGGGAUGAUGAGUCAUGCCAUAUUCAACUUGUCGAUGCCAAGCAUUGAUCGCUACUCGUAGCCCUAAGUUUGUCUAACCAUCAAUGUAAUGUAUAUAAAUGUUCUAAUUUGUACAUAAGUUAUAAGACUCGAAACUGAAUAAAACUAUUUUGUGAUAUAAAAA